AUGCCCAUUCCCACACGCUCAUCCUCGCUGCGCGAUCCUCGCGGGCAGGUUAAACGUCCCCGACCGACAAAUGAAAAGGCCACCCCUUCCAUCCCCUCGCCGGUCGAGGGUGCAUCCGUGAAAGACAAUGCGACCGUCAAGAGGACUCUCCUGCCGCAGCGCGGGACGGGUCAGGUACGGUUUCAGCCACCAGACAGCAAGCUGCCGCAGCGAGAUGUCUCACCGAAGAGGUCGCAGCAGAUAUGCCCCGAGAAUGUGAAACAGGACCAGCCCGAGUCCCAGGUGGCCUCAAGCGGCGCUGCCCCUGGACGUCGUCAAAGCCUCAGGCGGCCCGGGACGCUGAAGAUACCCUCAACAAAGACCAAUGUCUCUGGGCCUACGAAGAGCCCUGCACCCUCAUUUGCGCCGCCGUCGCCUCGCAAAUAUCAGGCGGCGCUGCCCUCCAAGCGGCCUCCGUCGCCGAAAAGGACGGAUAUGCCACCACCGCCACGCCCCGUGAGAUCUGCUUCGUUGAGACAGCCUACCCAUGCUGGACCGCCCGCCGCGGCCAGAGGGCACGCGCGACAUCGCAGCCAAGUAGUUCCGACGAGCGCGAAGCAGGCUGAGAUCACUCCCAAAUCACGGACACCAUUCUCGACAUACCAGCAACACUACUCUCCCAGGAAACCCGGAGUCAAACCCCCAACGCCUACGCCAGGCACUACUCCCGACACGGGUAGCCUCCAGAUCCCAUCGUCUUGGCCGGAUACCACAGCCCUGCAGACGGAACUGCUUCAAUUGAGCUUAUUCCACUCGACCUCACUUCAACGGCAUUCGGAGUGGAAAUCCCAGUCGGCGUCUGGUCUACACAAGAAAUACAAUGCGGUUGCCAACCAGUACCGGUCUGUGUUGGCGGAUGAGAAAACAUGUCAAUAUCAGCUGAAUAUGCAUGCCCUUAAUGACUGGCUUCAGAAAUGCCAUGAUCAUACGGGAUCGAGUGGAUUUCCGGAGCAAAUCCAGACUCUUUCGCAGGUUCUGCAAGACGUGUCCGACCUGGGCGGAGUUGGUGGACGAUACGCGCGUGCUGUCCAACUCUUUGAAGAGUGGCUCGAGCGAGCUGAUGAGAUACGAAAUUAUCGCAAGUCAGCCAGAGCGAUGGAAACAGCCGAGUUCAUCGACCCACUCGACCGCGCCUGGAAGGAGGAGCUGCACGGUCUACAGAGCAAGCUGGAGCUCUGCGCGCGUCAGCUCCAGAGCUUGGAUAUCCUGGGGUUUGGAGAUACACAGCACGUACAACACUCGGCUCUGAUCCGAGUUGUGCAGAACCUGGUGGACUACAUCCAGCUCAUGACGGAGGAGAUCGGCGCGAUGCGGAUACUAGAAGGCGAGCUUGUCCGGUCGGAGAGGGAAUUUGCCUGUCAGCGUGCAACGCAACUGGCCAAUGCGCCACGAGAAACGAGAGCUCCUCGGGCAGGAGCGUGGACCGUUGUGUAA